GGUAAAUGGAUGAAAUAUCAUUUUUUGUGUUUUCUAAUUCAGCUUACUUAGCUUGAUUUAAGGCUAAGUUUGGACUCGACAUCAUUUCCUUGUCUUGAUUUGACUCUAAGCCAAACCAAGCCAAGCUUAAUUCAACCGUUGCUAACAAGUCCACCUCAACUCUGGUCUCUGAGACUGAACAAAUUAAUUCUUUUUUAAUAAACAAAUCAUGAAGAAGAAGAGAACGAAGGCAACUGCCACGCGGAUAUGAACAAAGAGAGAAACAAGAUAAUGUGCUUUCGUUGACUCUCUCCUUGUCUCUUUUCUCUCAACAUAUACUUCAUACUAAUUUUAUUCUAUUCUAAUUUCCAAGUAUAUUCUUAAGUUAAUUCAUUAACAAUUCCUUACCAACUAUUCAAACCUCAUUUCAUCAUCGAAACCUACCUGUUCUCCUACACAUUUUUCUUAAUUAAUUAAAUUAUCAUUUAUAUGUAAAUUUCUAACAACGUUGUGAUCAUUAUCACCAAAAGAGAUUAUCCGAAUAUGAGACAAGAAACGGGAAAACUCACCGACCAAUACGAUAUCUCGGAGGUAUUAGGCCGAGGAGGAUUCUCAGUUGUAAGAAAAGGAACAAGAAAAUCAUCACCAUCAAAAGGUACUGAUGAUCAAGUCAAAAAACGACACGUGGCAAUCAAAACACUGAGAAGGGUUGGGGUUGGAAUUGGAAGCAAUACCGUAGUUUCAAGCAGAGUCGGAGCUAAUAAACUGCAGAGCUCGACGAUGACCUCCGGCGCCGUGUCGGACGCACUUCUUACGAACGAGAUCUUGGUGAUGAGGAGGAUCGUGGAGAGCGUAUCGCCGCAUGAGAACGUGAUCGAUCUCUACGACGUGUUCGAGGACUCUCGGAUCGGCGCCGUUCACCUGGUUCUCGAGCUCUGCUCUGGAGGAGAGCUCUUCGACAGGAUUGUCCGCCAGGAGACCGUCUAUUCGGAGGUGGACGCCGCCGCCGUAGUCAGGCAGAUCGCGGCGGGUCUAGCGGCGCUCCACCGGGCGAACAUUGUGCAUCGAGAUCUGAAGCCGGAGAACUGCCUGUUCCUGGAUGAGAGUCCUAAUUCGCCAUUGAAGAUAAUGGAUUUUGGGUUGAGCUCGGUUGAGGAAUUUACGGACCCUGUUGUGGGGCUGUUUGGCUCGAUUGAUUACGUCUCACCGGAAGCUCUUUCUCAGGGGAAUAUUACUCCUAAGACUGAUAUGUGGUCUCUUGGUGUCAUCUUGUAUAUUCUGCUUUCUGGGUAUCCACCUUUCAUUGCUCAAUCAAACCGGCAAAAGCAGCAGAUGAUUUUAGCUGGAGAUUUCAGCUUCUAUGAGAAGACUUGGAAAAACAUAUCUUCUUCAGCAAAGCAAUUAAUCAAAAGUCUCCUAACAGUUGAUCCUCAAAAGAGGCCCAGUGCUGUAGAGCUGCUGGAUCAUCCAUGGGUGAGAGGUGAUUUGGCAAAGGAGGAACAAAUGGAUGGUGAAGUGGUAACAAGACUACAGAGCUUCAAUGCCAGAAGAAAGUUUCGCGCUGCUGCCAUUGCCAGUGUCUUAAGUAGCUCCAUUUUCUUAAGGACUAAACAGCUCAAAUCCCUGUUGAAAUCCCAUGACCUUUCUCAAGAUGAGAUUGAAAACCUCCGGAUUCAUUUCAAGAAAAUAUGUGCAAAUGGUGAUAAUGCUACUCUGUCUGAAUUUGAGGAGGUAUUAAAAGCCAUGAACAUGUCUUCGCUAGUUCCUAUGGCAUCUCGCAUUUUCGACUUAUUCGAUGACAACCGCGAUGGCACGGUUGACAUGCGAGAGAUCCUCUGUGGCUUCUCAAGUCUCAAAAAAACUGAAGGUGAUGAAGCUCUUCACUUAUGUUUCCAGAUGUAUGAUACAGAUCGAUCGGGAUGCAUCACUAAGGAAGAAGUAGCUUCCAUGCUCAGAGCCUUGCCCGAAGAGUGUCUUCCAGCAGAUAUUACUGAACCUGGGAAACUGGAUGAGAUAUUUGAUCUGAUGGAUGCCAAUAAUGAUGGAAAAGUUACAUUUGAGGAAUUUAAAGCUGCUAUGCAAAGAGAUAGCUCACUCAAAGAUGUUGUCCUCUCCUCUCUUCGCCCCCAAUAGUUUUCCCACUUAGAACUUUGAUGUGAUAAUUACUUUAUAAUGUUCUUCCUUUUCAUGUAUCAUCAUCAUCAUAUAUUAUAGGCUUUAAUUAGACAACAAUGACCCAAGAACUAAAAAGACACUUUGUAUAAUUUUCCAAAUUGUAGGAUUAAGCUUUCUCAAUCUUGGCAAUCAUCUAUUUGAUGUCCAAAUACAAAAUAUGAUUAGCUUUUUAACUACUAUUGCUAAGAAAUAAUUAGCUGAGUAAUUUAUCAUUAGAGUCUAAAUUACUUA